AUGAGGUUUACGAAUCCCUCUCUUCUUGUCGCGCUGCUGGCAGCUGCAGACUUCGCUGCUGGCCAUGGUGCGAUCGUCAGCGCCACUGGAGAUCAAGGAGGGCAAGGAAGCGCUAUUGGAAUCGACCAAAACACUCCCCGCGAUGGAACAAGGAGGACACCGUUCCAACAAGAUACUACUCGUUUCCGCGGGGCCAAUAGAGACACAUGCGGCGAGACGUUGUUGAAUGGUGACAAUGACAUCGAGGCCGGUACUGAACAAGUCAUGUCAGACAAUGGUGGAACACUGCCACAGGUUUCACCGGGCGGUACCCUUGAAAUGACUCUACAUCAAGUCAACGCCGACGGUGGUGGUCCGUACAAAUGUAUGAUUGACUCCACUGGAACUGGAACAAACUGGCAAAAUAUCGAAGUCACCCAGAAUGUUCCCGGUCGGUUGGGCAUCAACCUCCGUGGCCGCAAAUCUGACUUUGUAUGUUUAACGCGCUUACCUACUUCCUAA